UGAAAAAGCAGUUAAGGUUAAACCAGCGAAUUUAAAGACUUGAUAUCACACUAUUGGUGCUGAUAAUAUAAUGUUCAACUUGCGAUUGAUACUUUUCGUUUUUGCUGUUUGGGGACUUUGCGAUUCAUGUUCCGCAACAGAAUCCCAGGCUGAGCCUGAAUCCGAGCCAGAGUCGGGGUCCGAGCCAGAGGUCAUAAUGAAUCCGGACCCAAAUCCUGAUCCUGAACCAACUUGCAAUGUCUGGUAUAGAAACUAUCAGUGGGUUCUCCAGGAUUGCUAUUGUCGACCUAUUCAAAAUGAGUGUCUUAUGGAUAUGGAAAAUAGUAGGCGAGCUGAAGACGGUUUAAAACCUCUUGUACCUGUUACGGAGGAUCUUUGCAUACAUUUUAUUCCCGAAAAGUGUCCAGUAGGAAUUCCAGUGGUGGCGUUAUUUCCUGUACCAGCUGCAUGUGGAUGCAAUCGUAAAAGAGGAUCUAUUGAAUCGAAACAAUUCUACAGUUUCAACCAUCUUCUUAAAUUCUCGGCUGAAAAUCGAAAACCAUUUUUAAGUUGGUCUUACACUUGGCCAAUCAAUAUGGAUUUGCAUUGAAACUUGUUAUUUAGUGAUUGGUCUGUUUAAAUAUUGUAAAUAAAAACGUUUCUAAAUUCAUAAACCAAAAUAGGUCUUUAAAUUAAAACAUAAAAAUUAAUUUUUGGAAUAUUGCAUGUAUUUACUAAAUGUAUAAUUUAAUAUAAAAAUUUACUUAAUUGCUUUAAUAAAACUUUUCCAUUGAUUUAAAGUA